AUGUAUAAGAUUCUUUCUUUGAUUAUUCUAUUCAUUUGUGGAAGCGCAGUCGCGCGUCAAUCUGGUAUGUUAUCAAGUUCAAUCAGUCGUAUCAUGCCAUCUGCGACGCAAAAUGUCAAGAGUGCUGAUUUGUGUUCUACAUGUGUCAGCACAUUCGAUAUGUUGAUCUAUUUUGUCAUUGAUGGAAUUAUGGAACUGGGUAUUGCAACAACAUGCGAUGACUUAUGUCAAUAUGUUACACAAAAAUCCCAAUCGCCGUAUUUAGAAGCUAUUUGUUCAAUUGGUUGCGAUAUUGUUGGAAUAAACGAAUUCAUUCGCAUAGCAACAAAGGUCGAUCUUGAUCCAAUUUAUUUCUGUGAAUUAUUAACAAUUUGUCCAAUUAAUGAUCAUGGUGACGCGAAAAUCAAAGCAUUUGUCAUUUCACCACCGCAUGCGACAGCUUCUACUAAAUUUGUUUUUGAUGUAACCUUUCAAUCGGUCAAUGGAACUGGUACAGGUCAAUUACUGUACACUGUUAAACCAGUUGAUGAUCUCAAGAUUUCGUCGUUCUUGUUAAUGGAAGAAAAAAAACCAGGUUUAUAUGCUGAACGUUUUGCUAUUGAUACGACUCCUGAUCCAGAUUGUGAAUCCGACAUUAAUCCUUGUGAAGAAUGGCUUCCUGGUGUUUACAAUGUUACAGUUAUGAUUUGUAAUGGAGAAUGUAAUUCACAGCAUCCUCAUAGCCAGGUUUAUGACACGGUCAAAGGUUCAUUUCAAAUUGAUUAA